GUUCCUGGAGGCACUGGCAGACCGGCUGUGCUUGGGGGUGUGAACCAGGAGGCAGGCAGCCCACAUGCUGCUCUGCUCUGGAGCCCUUCACAUCCUUCAUGCUCUCACUCUCUUCCUUUCCCUCCUCUCGCUGCAGGUUCCUAGAGGCACUGGCAGACCGGCUGUGCAUGGGGGAUGUGAACCAGGCAGCGCACAGAGUGCUCAAGGACUUCAGAAGAGGGGCGUUUGGCUGGAUCGCUCUGGAGAGGCCCCCUGUGUGA